CAUGCGCAGGACACAUGGCUCUAGUGGGUCGCAUUUGUUUCAGUUCUGAGUGAGAUCAGAGAGAGAGAGAGUGUCCGGAGUGAACUGACCUAGUGGCUUCAUCCAGAGCAGGAGAGUCCAGCCCAGCCCAGCCCAGCCCAGGACAUCCUAGCUCGGGACAAUCCAGCAGAGGUCAUCCUAGCUCAGGACAAUCCAGACCAGCUCAGGAGAGCACAGGUCAGUCCAGUCCAGCCCAGACCAGAGCAUCCCAGCUCAGGACAGUCCAGACCAGGUCAUCCUAGCUCAGGACAGUCCAGACCAGGUCGUCCCAGCUCAGGACAAUCCACACCAGGUCGUCCCAGCUCAGGACAAUCCACACCAGGUCGUCCCAGCUCAGGACAAUCCACACCAGGUCAUCCUAGCUCAGGACAAUCCACACCAGGUCAUCCCAGCUCAGGACAGUCCAGACCAGGUCAUCCUAGCUCAGGACAGUCCAGACCAGGUCGUCCCAGCUCAGGACAAUCCACACCAGGUCAUCCUAGCUCAGGACGGUCCAGCCCAGCUCAGACUAGGAUAGUCCAGCUUGGACCAGGUCAUCCCAUCUCAAGACAGUUCAGGCCCCAUCAGACCAGGACAGGACAGCCAGGUCAGUGCUGGUCAGACCAGAAGAGGUCAACCCAGGACUAUCCAGCUUGGACUAGGUUAUUCCCAUCUCAGGUCAAGCCUUGGACAGUCCUACCCAAACCAGGGCAGCAGCACCUCGCACCAGGGCUUCAUUCCUGGGUCCUGUGGAUGAACGUGGAGCAGCAGCUUCCCUACAGCUGAGCAUCCGAGUGAAGCUCCUCCUCCACCGUGCGGCUGUGUUGCUAGCCCCUUGCCUGUGUCGUUCUACCCGUGCCGUGCCGAAGGAGCUCACCAGGACUCACGGCAGUGGGACCAUGAGUGUGGAGAAGAAGCCUCAGAUCAAGGCCGACAUGAGGGAGUUUGACCGGAUGUUCACCCAGAUUGUAGAGACCUUGACCGAGGAAGAUCUGCAUCACCCGGAGAUCGGGGACGCAAUCAAACGUCUGAGAGAGGUGCUUGAAUAUAAUGUUCCGGGUGGGAAGAGAAAUCGAGGCCUCUCAGUAAUUGCCUCAUUUCGAGAGCUCGCCAGUCCCAAACAGCAAACAGAGGGGAACUUGAAGACAGCGCUGAUAAUCGGCUGGUGUGUGGAGCUGCUGCAAGCCUUCUUCCUGGUUGCAGAUGACAUCAUGGACCAAUCUGUAACAAGGAGAGGACAAGCCUGUUGGUAUCGGAGGGAAGGGGUUGGACUGGAUGCCAUUAAUGACUCUUAUCUCCUGGAGGCUACAGUUUACCAGCUCCUUCGCAAGUACACGAAAGGACAAGGCUAUUAUCUGAAUCUGCUGGAGCUCUUCCUGCAGACCUCACACCAGACCGAGCUCGGCCAGUCACUGGACCUGAUGACCGCACAGCCCAGCAAGAUUAAUCUGGACAGAUUCACAGAACAGAGGUACAAGGCCAUUGUGAAAUACAAGACAGCUUUCUACAGCUUCUACCUCCCGGUCGCUGCAGCCAUGUACAUGGCCGGGAUUGCUGGAGAAGCUGAACACAGCAACGCCAAGGCCAUCCUGCUGGAGAUGGGAGAGUUCUUCCAGAUCCAGGACGACUAUCUGGACUGCUAUGGGGACCCUGAGGUGACUGGGAAGAUUGGCACUGACAUUGAGGAUAACAAGUGCAGCUGGCUGGUGGUACAGGCACUCAAGAGGGUCGAUCCAAAACAGAGGCAGCUUCUGGAGGAGAACUACGGGAGGAGUGAGCAGGAGAAGAUAGCAAAGGUUAAGGCUUUGUAUGAAGAACUGGACAUGCAAGGGAUCUACUCUCAGUAUGAGGAGCAGAGCUACCAGAGGCUCUUGGGACUCAUCAGCCAACACUGUACGAAGCUGCCCCAAGAAGUCUUCCUCUCCUUCGCUCAGAAGAUCUACAAGAGACACAAGUAGAUUGGAAAGGCUGCCGAGGAAUCCCAGGCUGGGGGAGAGGGGUAUCCCACCUUGAGCAGCCAAUAAGGCUGCAGAAUCUAACCCCUCUGCUCCUGACAGUGAAAUGUGCGGGACUGUACAUAACAUCAGCAUGGGAAAACAAGCCUGAGUAAAGGGAACAGGG